CACACAACCGCAUCCCACAUUUGGGAUUUCCCCCCGCUGAGUUAGGGUUUCAGCCUCCCAGCGCGUCGCGAUGCUAGAUCCACAAGCCGCCGUCACGCUGCUCGCCGGCGGCGGCCCUAGCUACCACCACUCGAGCUAGGCGCCCUCUGGAUCCUCCUCUCCUCUUCCACGGGACCUCAACCACCAACGCAGCAGCACCAUCUCCAACUCUCUGCAUCGCCAUCGCGCCUCCUCUGCAUUUCCCCAUCACCGAUGACCGGACCUGCUCCCCCUCGCCUUACCUUGCUACAGCAGCACCGGAGCUGUGCCCCUCUUCCUGUACCAGCACCGGAGUUGUGCCACUCUUCCUCAAGAAGCACCGGGGCCACACAUAUUUUCUCCAUCGCCGACGGCUGGUGUUGCUUGGCACCGCCACUCUUCCUUCAGAGCUGCAGAGCGGCUCCAUCUUCUGCUUCCUACUACGACGAACGACAGCAGCUAUACACACCAUCCCUUCUACAGCAGCAAGACAGCAUCCUGAUGGCUGCUUCCAGUGCUUCUGAGGUUGCAAGUUCCAGACUGAAGAGAAACUCGGAUGACAUGGCAUGGGAGUUUGCUAUGCUGAUUUGUGUAUUUUGGACCUGCUGUGCUGCCUAUCCAGUAUCUAAGUUUAUCUGUGGACUACUAUCUAAGUUUAUUUGUGGACUGGUGACUAGGACUAUCAACUGCAAUCUUGUGUACACAUGAUGUUGAGAUGGCUGUAGUUUAUUUGUGCACUCAUAUAUGUAGUUAUGUAUCGUUGUUCUGCCUAUUGUUGCUUGUUAUUUACUUAUUUAAAUGAAUAAGUGCUAUCCUAUUUGAAAAUGGCCAAAUAGAAUAUGUGUUGUUGAA